AUGAUAGGGAAUUUUGACGAAGAAGGGCGGACCGACGCGGCGAAAUGUAAGUUGCCUUAUUUUGUUAGCAUAUUUGAGUAAUUUCAGGUCUAAUUUUUCCUACCCGGCCAACUGCGGACACCAUACCUGAACUUGUUUUAACUUUUCAGGCCCAAUUGAUGUUCGACAUCAACAGUAUGUGAUCGCUACAGCGAUAAAUUCGGACGACUUUGUAAGUUAGAACUUUUUUUAAACAUUUUAGGUAUAAAGCAAUAUAGAAUUUGGUCUCCACGGAUAAGAUCCCCGUGGCAGUUGAUGAAGCUGGAUCCAGCACGGAGAGGGAUAUUCACGACUUGUUGAAUGGGAAGUAAGUAACAGUUUUAGAGAGUUUUGAGGGAGAAGAUUGGGAUUUUUGAGGUUUUUUUUUUUGAGUUUUCAGCGGAUUGGGCUAAAGUAAUAUUAUUUUUUGAGUUUGCGCUGUUUUUGUGAGUGAUGAAGUGCUUAGGAGGCGGAGAAAGAAAGUAUAAAUAGUAAUUUAGUUGAUAUUAUUGAAAUUUUUUGCAGGCCUACGUCAACCGAGAUUUUUUGAAAUUUUUAGGUAUCUUUGUCUAAAAUAAGGUAAAUUUGUUGCGAAAUGUGCAGUUUAGUGAGUGACACGUGGUUUGCAUGUGCGCCAAUAAUAAGUACGACCGACAGAGUUGUUUUGAGGAGUUUGAUGUUAUUUUAGAUAUAAAAUUGUUGAAAAGUCGCUAAUUUUUCCAAAUUCAGCCUCAAUAUCCUAAAAUUGCAACUGCCAACCUCAGUAACAAUGAGGAAGAAAGGGAGACUGUGA